AUGUUCCACAGGUCCAAGUUUGUGCUCGUACUACUUGUCGCUGCAUUCAUCGCCAUGGAUAUUUUCAACAUCGUCGGGUUGCUGCCUGCUGCUGAGCAUGAAGAUGUUUACGUUGCCUACGUUUGCGAGACGUCCAACACGUGGAAUUACAAGAUGUUUGUCGACGUUACAAGGAUCCCAAGCAUAGCCUUCGGUAUCUUGUUGUUGACGCUGGCCUUGUACGGAUAUUACAAGCACGCUGUGGACCGGAAGAAGACCAUCGGCAUCAUGUCCGUGAAUUCAUGGAUGAAGCUGCUUCUCACACAAAACAUUAUUUAUUUCGUCGUGGUUGUAGGAUGCAAUGCCCUUGUUUUCGCGUCUGCCUACACACAACAGACCGUGAUGCUGUCGUUCCCAGCAGUACUUUCGAGCUUGCAGAACUACAUUCUCGCACCACGCUUGUUGCUCAGUUUCCGCGCAUAUCAUGCAAGACCUGCGCACUCAAGAGGCAGCUCCGCCGAUAGCGCAUUCGGUAUCAGCACUUACGCCUCGACUGAAAAGGAUUACCCGCUUCCCCAACCACCUAGCCUCGGCCGGGAUAGUAGGGCGUCGUCGCGUGUAGCGGUGGUAACAUGGGAUGCAAUGACAGGUUAGAUGUGAACUUUACGCAAUCAAAGGUAAAUAGAGGGGCUGAGAAUGUUCGGAAUCGAUUGGUAGCUGGUUAUCCCAUAUGUACAUGAUACCUCGCUCACUUAACUACUUGCGCUGUAUGUAGUUUAGCCUCGUACGCAUUGAAACUUCAUAU